AUUCCUCUCAAGCCAAUUCCCUCCUCUACGUCCUCCCCUCCCUGGUGGAGCCGGCCACUGCCGCGCCACCUCCCCCCUUCCCCUUAUCCUCCCGGCUCAAUGAAGCUUUCUUUUCCCGCAGGUUGGAGGCUGGGCAGCUGCGAUCAGAGAGCUGGAUUGCAAGCGGCCACCGGGCGGCGGCCCCUGUGGCGGUGGGAAGCCUUCCAGCCCCCAGCCCUUCCUCCAUGUCCCUGGCUAGCCCGAGUGUAAACAGUACAACUCGGGCAGGGCCACGGGUGGGUUUGGUCAAGGGAACUCAAAGCUUUAAAGGCCCACUUGGCCUUUCUGGUGUCCCCAGAGUUCCUGGGGGUGAUGUCACAUCCUUUACUCUGAUGUCACGUUGAGCACGUGACGUCACAUGCUGUCCCCAAGACCAGGCGCCAGGGCCCUCUGGCUGAAAUCACAAAGUUUCUCUGGGUGGAGCCACUUGUGCGCACCCCAGAGUUGUGGGUAGGGGCCUAGAGGUAGUGCGCCGCCUGUCUUCGGUGGGUACCUUGACUCCUUCCUUCUUGCUCCUCUCCUCCCGCCCUUCCCCUGUUUUAGCUGUGGGGGCCGAGGGAGGGCCGGCCCCGCCCACAGCCCCUCCUCCUGCCUCCCGCCCUCAGGGUCAGGAAGCGCGGAAGGAACUGCCGGGGGCCAUGGACGGGGCUGUGAUGGAAGGACCGCUCUUUUUGCAGAGUCAGCGCUUCGGGACCAAGGUAGUCGGGGGCGGGAAUGCCGAACCCCAUCGGGGUAGAAAAGUGGAGGAAGACCUGGGCUGUGCUCUACCCGGCCAGUCCCCAUGGUGUAGCGCGGCUCGAGUUCUUUGACCAUAAGGGGUCGAACUCUGGAGGUGGCCGCGGGGGCUCGCGCCGCCUGGACUGCAAGGUGAUCCGUCUGGCCGAAUGUGUGAGCGUGGCUCCUGUGGCAGUGGAUAGCCCCCCUGAGCCGGGCGCCGUUGCGUUUCGCCUGGACACUGCGCAGCGCUCGCACCUGCUGGCAGCGGACGCUCAGUCCAGUGUCGCUUGGGUGCAGACGUUGUGCCGAAAUGCCUUUCAGAAAGGCAGCUGGGCUCCGGUGCUGGCAGAGAACCCACCUAAGCUUUCUGCCCUGGAGAUGCUGGAGAAUUCGUUGUACAGCCCCACCUGGGAAGGAUCCCAGUUCUGGAUAACCGUCCAGAGGACUGAGGCUGCUGAGCGCUGUGGCCUGCAUGGCUCCUAUGUGCUGAGAGUAGAGGCUGAGAGACUGACACUCCUGACCGUGGGAACACAGAAUCAGAUCCUAGAGCCACUCCUUUCCUGGCCCUAUACGCUGCUGCGGCGUUAUGGGGGUGACAAGGUCAUGUUCUCUUUUGAGGCGGGUCGCCGCUGCCCCUCUGGCCCUGGAACCUUCACCUUCCAGACCGCACAGGGAAAUGACAUCUUUCAAGCAGUUGAGACUGCCAUCCAUCGGCAGAAGGCCCAGGGGAAGGCAAGAGAGGGGCAAGGUGUCCUCAGAGCUGACUCCCUUGCAAGAGAGGGGCAAGGUGUCCUCAGAGCUGACUCCCAAGAAGGGGAGGUGGCAGAAGGGAAAUUGGCUUCUCCUCCUGUUCCCCAGGAGGUACUAGGCAGUACCCCAGUCCUGUAUGCUGAGCCCUUAGACUCCCUGCGCAUUCCUCCAGGCCCUUCCCAGGACUCUCUCUACUCAGACCCCCUGGACAGCACCUCUGCUCAGGCAGGGGAGAGGGUACAGCCCAAGAAACCUCUUUACUGGGACUUGUAUGAGCAUGUGCAGGAGCAGUUACAGAAGGCCAAGCUGACGGACACCAAAGAGGACCCCAUCUAUGAUGAACCUGAGGGCUUGGCCCCAGCCCCUCUUCGGGGCCUUUAUGAUCUGCCUCAGGAGCCCAAGGAUGCAUGGUGGUGUCAGGCUCGAGUGAAGGAGGAGGGCUAUGAGCUCCCCUACAACCCUGCUACUGAUGACUAUGCUGUGCCACCCCCUCGGAGCAUAAAGCCCCUCCCAGCUCCCAAACCCCAGGGUCUGGCCUUGCCUGAACCCGGUGCUACAACUGGCAGUGGCAGCAAGGGCCACAGGACAGACACUGCCCUGUACAGUCAGGUUCAGAAGAGUGGGGCCUCAGGGGGCUGGGACUCUGGGUUCUCUAGAGUAGGGAAUGACAGAACUGGAGUCAAGACAGAGGGCUCUACCUGAGAAUGUUGCUGAUAUGAGGACCAUGGUAAGGUGACACUGGGGAUAAAAGAAACCUGUUAAAACAAAUAGGACCAGAGAGUGUGAGGGGCCCAGAUGAGACCUGAGGAUCAAGGGAUUAGGGAAAUCAAGGGGAGGAUCAUCAGUCCCUAGAAGUCCUAGGGUGUGGAACUGAUGGCAGGGCUGAGGAUAGACUCUGGAGAGGGUCAGCACUCCUAGUUAUCCCUCUCCUAAAAGAACAGACAGCUGUUUGCUCAGGUCUACAGAAAGGGGUACUUGGUUAAAGUGGAUACAGUUUGAAGGGCCUGUAUGGAGGUUGCCUGGGUACUUACUCCUGCACUUUUCUUUGCCAGAGAAAUAUUUUUAUAAAUUUAAAGAUUCUCAUUAAAGUCAUCUUGGGUUUAAGAGGUCUCUGUGUGUGAAUAGACACAGAGUGGGCACAGUGGCAGGGUGUGCUGGGUGAGUGUGGAGGGGAUCAAGAAGAGAACCAAGAAUUUGUUGGGGGCCAUAAGAGGAGGAGGGACCCUGGGAGGGAAGCCUGCAGUGUGGCAGUUCAGAACCCGGGUAGUCAAGUCAAGGCCAAUCUCAGCUGGACUCUAACUCUGUGUCCCUGGGUGAGUUGUAUGACAUCAGUCUUCCCCAUUGCCCCUUUGUAAAGUACAGAAAUUAAUAAUGUUCUAAAUACCUCCUGGGGUGGUUUGUAUGAAAUGCAAGUACAUUUCUGAAGUACUUAGUGUAGUCUGAAGCACAGAGAAAGUAUUUUACAAAUGGUAAAACUAUUCUGUGGGUGGAGGGAGCUGACAGGUGAGUAGAGUUAGGGAGAGAGGAAUAAGAAAGGAGCAAGCCUUUUUGACACCAUCCUUUCCCCUGUUCUCAGGUAUAUGACAGCCCCUAACUCCCAACACACACACUUUGCAUGUAGGUAACAAGCACCAAGCACUUGUCUAUUUGUAGCUAAAGGAACUGCAAUGUGGUGGGUAUACUGGGAAGAGCACUGGCUCUGGAAUGAGGCUUGGGUUUCAGUCCUUGUUUUUCAUGAGUGUUGAAAAUCUUAUCCCCAUCUGCUUACAUGAGCUACAAGGAGAAAUUCUGGGCUGGGAAUGCUCCUAACAAUGGUGAAGGUUUACUAGGCAUUUAAUCUUCAUCUGUGACAAUAGUAUCAAAUGAUUGAAAAGAAAACAAGGGUCCUUGCUGGAGAAGGGAUAGGCUUGGGUGUGUUGCUUCUCAGCCUGAGUGGGGCAGUGGCAGCAUAGAGGACAGAGAAAGGAAAGGCUCUUUCUUUGCCUGAGCUCACAGAGGCUCAGGUGGAUAGAGGGCAGGUGUGACUACAGAUAGCCAUUGUGCGGGUCUUGGCAUGGACGUGGUGGCUGAGUAGGGUGGCUACACUCUGGUGCUAGUAACUCAGGGCCAUGAGGGAUACUUUUCCUCCACUCAGAAGGCCGCAAGAAGGCUUCUGAGGAAGCUUUGCUGGCUGCUGGCAACUUGGGGGCUGUGCUCAGGGCUGGAGUCAUUGGCAGGGGGAGCACUGUGGCACGAACUCUGUUGGUCUGCAACUGCCCAGCCUGUGAAGAGAGCAAGCAGAGGCUUCUCUGAAGAUCAGACAGAUGCUGAGGUCCUUUCUUAUUCCCCCUCGAGCCUCCUGUCCCUCACAUGUUCCCUCUCUAGAGUGAAAACGUCAAGGCCCAGGGAUAUGACUGUGGAGUCUCCAUGGCCUGCAGCCUCUACAGUGUUAUCUCCUCGCCCAGUGUCCCUUCUCUGUUAGCUUGCCCACAAUCUAACUCAUGGAGGGCUCUUCCCACACAUCUGGUCAGUUACCUCCCACUCUAGACUGGAGUUGGGAAAUAUCCUUCUCCUGUAAUUUUAGCUAAUACAAAAAGGGAGUUUUUCUAAAAGAUCUGUUACUGAGAAACUUGGAAAAAAAUUCAUAAGGGCAAAGGGCAGCCCAAAUAUUACAGAGCAUGGGUCUUAAAAAAUAUUUCUCCUUCAAUUUCUUAUUUCAACCCUUGUCACCAGGGCCCUGUCUCCAAGUUACCAAGAUUGAUUAGCUUCCCUUUUCUCAUCUGUACAUCCAGGAUAUGCCAGAGUGAAACACAAGUUAAGAAAUGCUCUUUAAUUUGAAGUUGGUGGUACCCCAAGUGGAUUAUUCGAUGAGAGUUUGGUUGAAGUCUAUUUUAGGAGCUUCAGCAAAUACAUCUUUAUUCCAUGAAGACUUAUCUUCAGUUCCCAGAAGCAUUCAGAGAAAGUGAGAAAUAGAGAAGUCAAACUUCAAGGUGUCCUUAUUUAAGGUUUGGAAUUUCUACCCUCUUCCUGGACAGAGAUUAAUAGUACCAGGGCCCAAGCUUGAAGAUAUUACUCAAGUCAUGGGUUGACCUGCUAGGAUAGGCAGUGGUACCUAUGAUGGACAUGGUUAAUUGCCAUAGCAGGUGUCUGAGGCUGGGAAAAAUCUUUGUCUGAGGAUAGCCCAGAAGACCAGCCUUUGGGGUCCUUGACUUAAAAACAUUGCUUAAUGACUGGAGAUGACUGCUGAAUAACUUAACAUAUGUUUUGUGCUAAUUCUAAAGAAAGGAGCAUGAGUUAUAUGUUAAACUUUUUGCUUACAAGAAGGAAAGUAAAAAGAAGUCUGUGUUUAUGUUAUAGUUAGUUAUACUUUGUCAUAUAGAGUGCCAGCCCAGGACACUUAGACUUUAUAAAGAGGGCCUGGAAAUCUGUAGAGCAGAUGGACAGGGACAGAGUUGAAUGUUAUGUCAUACUUCAAGCUUAGCUUCACUUAAAGUCAUUUCAUUCUUUUUUAAAAUAUUUAUUAUUUUUUAGUUGUAGUUGGACAUAAUACCUUUAUUUCACUUAUUUAUUUUUAUGUGGUGCUGAGGAUUGAACCCAGGGUCUCGAACGUGUGAGGUGAGCGCUCUACCGUUGAGCCACAACCCCAGCCCUCAUUUCAUUCUUCACUUAACUUCUAAUUGCUAAGGCUAUAAAGGAAGUUAUGGCAAUACCUGGCUAGCCACCACUCCCAUUCUCCACCUCUUUUGCUCUACCCAAUUUUCAGUCUUCAGUCAUUGGUCUAGGGGUGAUUAUGUGACCUGGAUUUAAAUAAUGAGACAUAAGUGGAAGUUGCUGGGUGAGUCUUUUGGAAAAACUUUGUAAUAUGAUGGUAGGCCUUUGCCUCUGUACCUUACUCCUUUUUUCUUCCUUGGACAGGACUUGGUCUUAGGUGUAUCAGCUCUCUUGUAACCAGUUGUAAGGAUGAUGUACACCUGCUAUGAAUGCUGAGGCACAAAAACAGAAAGAUCUCUGGUCCUUGAGGUUCUCAUUGAUCAACCGCUUUUGCCCUGAAAUUGUCUAUCUUCAGACUUCUUUUUGUAGGAGAAAAAUAAACUAUUAUUUAAUUUACA